AUGGCUGGGACAUGCAGUCUAGGCCUGCUGCUGCUGCUGCUGCUGCUGCUGUUGCGGGCCGUGGUCACCGUCUCCUUGCCUGUCAUUGUGGUUCAACUCAACAAGGCAGCCCUGGAUUAUGUGUCAGACAUUGGGAAAGUCCCUCUCCAGCAGGCCCUGCAGGUCACUAUCUCUGAUUUCAUGGAUCCAAGUAGCGAGGUGCUUCAGUCUACCAGGGUCCAGAUUCUGGAUGUCCACGUGCCCUUCUUCUACUUGAAGUUCAUUGCUGGUUUCGGGGUACAUUUAUCAGCGACAGCCAAUUUCACCAUCAAAGUCUUUCGUGUGCCAGAACCUAUGGAGCUGGUGCUGCCUGCAGACUUGCUGGCUGAUGUGCACGUGGCCCGGGACUCUAUUGGGACCCUUGUGCUCAGCGUCCCCACCUGCUCUUCGAUCUUCAGUUCAGCCAGCAUGCUGGAUGACAGUAACAGUACCUCCCCAGAGCUGCUGGACCUGGUGCAGGAGCAUGUCAAAGCUGACCUGAACAACAAGCUGUGCUUGCGUGUCUAUGGCCUGGUCCAGGACCUCAAUGUUCACUUGGGCACUUUAAUCGGCCUCAGUCCUGUGGGCCCUGAGUCCCAGAUCCGCUACUCCACGACCAGCAAACCCACCAUCACCAGUAAUUAUAUAUCCCUAGAUAUCAGAGCUACUCUCUUUCUGCUUGGCAAGCCCAUCCUCCUGCCUCUGCAUGGUGCUCACCCCUUCGUGUUGCCAUGGCCUUCGGGUGAUGAAGGAGCUAUGGCAACUGUGGGGCUCUCCCAGCACCUGUUUGACUGUGCCCUCCUGAUGCUUCAGAAGGCCGGUUCGCUCAACCUGGACAUCACAGGGCAGCUGAAUUCGAAGAACAAUCCUCUGAACACCUCCGUGCUGGGCCAGCUCAUCCCUGAGGUGGCGCACCUGUUCCCUGAGCCUACGCCAGUGGUACUCAAGGUGCAUCUGGGUGCCACACCCGUGGUCACUCUCCACACCAGCAACUCCACUCUGCAGCUGCAGCCCUUCGUGGAGGUCUUUGCUGCACCCCCAAACCUAGCCUUGCAGUUCCUCUUCUCUCUGGAUGUGAUGGUGAACCUGGAUCUUCAGCUCUCCGUGUCCAAGGCGAAGCUUCGGGGGAGCACAUCCAUGCUGGGGGGAUUCCAGCUCUCUGUGGCCACCUCCAAUGUGGGCUCCAUUGAUAUGGAUCAAGUACACACACUCAUAAGCACUGUAUUCCAGAAGCCCCUGCUGGAUCACCUCAAUGCUCUCCUGGGCAUGGGGAUUGUCCUCCCCAGCGUGCUCAAUCUCCACUAUGUCCACUCUGAAGUCUCGGUCUGUGAGGGCUAUGUUGUGGUAUCCAGCGGAUUUGCCUACCAGCGCUGA